AUGAAAUACUCCACAUCUCUCGUGUCAAUAGUGCUACUCUUGAGCAGUACCAGCUCUGCCGCAUCACUUUGGGGGUCACAUAAGCCUUCAUCCAACCAACAGCACCCACUCAUCUCGACGCAAAGUCAACACUCAAUCAUGGACAAGCUGGUUCCAGACUUUCUUAAGCCUCAGGGCUCAGCGCCCAGCGAAGGUGUCGCUACUGGGGAAGACCGGCCCGUCGUAUCAGACGUGCUCCCCAAGACAAAGGGAAUCAACAUCUUUGCCCAGCUUACUCGAGAUUUUGAUUCAGUUUCAUCCCGCCUCAAUGAUGCUUCGCGCAAUAUCACAGUCCUUGCCCCGCGCAAUAGUGCAGUGCAGUCUCUCCCCCGCAAGCCGUGGGAAGAUCCCGAGGAAUACGCCAAGUUUGGAGAGGUGAAUGCGUAUGAAGGUGGUGAUGGCAAGGAGCGUGCUAGAGACAAUCUACGCCGGUUUGUCGAGGCUCAUAUCAUUCCUGUCAGCCCGUGGCAAGCAGACGAGGAAGUUGAGAGUCUGGCUGGGAAAAAGCUGAAAUGGACGAAAGAUGGAGACAAGGUCAUUUUGCAACCGGACAAUAUUGAAGUGGAAGCAGUGGCUGAGAAAGUAGCGAAUGGGGAAGUCUGGAUACUGAAUGGGGUGGUCGGCUCCAAGUCGGGAUAA